AUGUGUACCAUUGUCAUUAAGGCAUUCAAAUCCCUCAAAGCUAUCAAAAAGCCAAAAAAUAUUUCUAAGAUCCAUCAUCAUGAGGGUGUAAAUAUCAAAGCCUGCAUAGAUGCUAUAACAGCUCCAGAGUCAAUGGCACUGCUUUCCAGCACCUACGCAAGUACCAUGCCUCAUUGGUUAACAAAGUCAUUUUUUACCCCUGACCUAGAAAGGCACAUUCUAGAAGAGCACCUUUAUUGUGAUGACAGCGGCGUGCGACACAUGAGGACGAUGGAUAACCUUCAUUUGAUAAACUUUAUGGAACUGCAGCUGAAGUCCAAGGAAGAGUUUGCUACUGCAUAUGAUAUGGCCUUAGCUGGUGGUUUGAAAAAAUAUCUAAAGAAGUUUGUUGUGGUCCAGCCUGGAGAUUGGCCUAGUCAAUUUUAUGGUAGGCAGAUAGUAUAUGAAUAUGUCACCCGUCAGACAAAAAAAUUUCAGAUAAAUUCUGGAAGCAUUACCUCCAAUGGUCCAACUUCAAGUACACCACGCCAACCAAUGUUGAAUGUUCCUGCGCCAUCUAUAACAUCUGUUGUUCCAACCAUGGGCCCACUCCAUAUCUCACUAAACAGCAGAGAACAUAUUUUCAUGAGUUUCAAACCAUUCUUUAGGAAAGUGUACUGUCACCUUUUCCCAAGAUGUAAAUUGGCAGAAACACCCAAGGCAUGGAGAAUAAAUUUGAUUCUAGAAAUAGUUUAUGGUGGUUGGACCCUUAUCAGAGAAAGAGCUAAAGUUUUGUUCCAAUAUUCUAAAGAUCUUCAAUAUGGAACACUUCUUAACCUUCUGGAUAACUACCUCCCACUUGUUUUGUCAAUUUACACAAUAACUUUUAAGACAAAUAACUUUAAGGAAUAUUACAAUGCUAUGGUUAGAAUAUGGGUGAUGUUCGUGUGCCUCAAGCGUCGUCAUUACAACAAAGCACCACUUGUAUGGUUGUCCUGCACCAAUCACUGGGCUAAAAAUUACAGUGAACUGUAUGAUCAUUUCUGCAAGUGGCCAACAAUAUUUGACGAAUAUCCUGUGGAAAAUACACACAGUAUUCUCCGGGCACAGACGAAACCAUCAGACACGGCUGAGAAACUGACAAAUAGGGCCAAAAGUAUUUUUGAGUCCAAACAAAGACAAGCCAACUUCCGUUCUAUAUUUACCCCUCCCAAGCAGUUCAAUUUCUCCCAACAGCAGCUACAGUUUCUGAAAGCUAAAUGUGCACAAUUCUUAACAAGCAUACUUUCAAUGAUCCACAGCAAACCUGGAUCAGCUUCCCUGAGCACAGAGAAGAAAACAAGAUAUGUUUGCUUACCUGAUAUAUUUGGAAUGAUAAAGAUGAAAUACAUAAUUCUUCCACUCGGUUUUAAUGCUACCACAGUUCCAAAUAAAAACUGCAGAUGUGACAAUAAAUCAUGCACCGUUCACAAUCCAAAUGAACCAUGGCAGCUAUUCCAAGGAUGUUGGCACUCGUUUCACAAAACAUGUUUGAAUGGUACGCCUUCCUGUCCUUUAUGUAAGGAAUUGUUGACCAAACAAGUUCAGGAAUUAGGACUGGUGGCUAAAGAGGCAAUUUUACAUCCACGAAAUGACAGAGUAACCAGUACCAAUGACUGCACAGAUGCAGACACGGAAGACACCACCACCAUGAAAGCACCAGAAAUUCCAGAAUGUGUCGACCUGCAAAAAAUCAAUGAAACUGUUAAUGAUAUAAACAGUAAAAUUUCUUCUUUAACAUCUCCACCACAACCUUGUCAGGAAAAUAUAACACAUGCUGAAGUACCGGUACAACAUGUUGUAACUCGACCUGCUAAUGAUCAAAGUCAUGCACAGAAUAACAUGUCCCAGGAAGAGGCCCAACCUAGCAAGAUGCGCUCAAAACCUGUACGACAAACACCUCAACAAAGAAUUGAAGUUGUUACAAGAAAUGAUCUCCCAGGAAUAACUGAAUGGUUGUUACCAACAAACAUUUGCCAGACCCGUAUAUGUGGGAAAACACUAGCAAGCAAUGCAUGUACCAUCAUUGCAGCACUAUGUUGUAGGAGCUUCCUUAAGAGAGAAUUAGAGAUCCCAUUAGAUGCUGAGCUAGGAAAUGCAAUCAACAAGUUCAAGCAGUUAAUCAUGACAGGAAAUAUGCUGUAUGGUGGUCUUCGGAUCCUUUGUAACCAACCCAAUCUGGAAGUAUGUGACGUUGUGAAGAAAAUUGUGGAUUUGAAGCUUAGAAUGGUCAAAGAUCUUGGAUUCUUCUAUGCUGAAGACAUAUAUGAAACAUUAUGUCAGCUGCUGCAGUGUGAAGGAAGACAAGCCGGAGUGUUAAUUUUCCCACCAGAUAAGUCUGUGGCAUUGCUAGCAGAUAACGAAGAGGUUGCAGUUUUCGACAGCCAUGAACAUGGACAGAAUGGGGGAAUAAUAACAGUUUGCAGAUCCAAAAACAUUGAUGAUUUUUUUUUACUAUCUUCAGACAAAUGGGUCAUUAGAUGGUUGCAACUUUUCACAACUUGCAUUGGAUAA